AAAAAUGGGGAAAAAAUGGGAGAACUUUGGGAAACUGUUGGGAAAAGUUGGGAAUAUUUGGAAUUUGGCUUCGGCAGCGCGGAGAAGCGGCGGCGCGAGCAGGAGCGGCGCUACCUGGCCGAGCUGGCCGAGCUGCUGUCGGCGCACCCGGGCGAGUUGGACUCGCUGGGCAAAGCCGAGCACGGCCUCGCCCUGAAGAAAACCGUGGAUCAGAUCCAGCAGAUCAAACGGCUCGAGCAGGAGAGCGCGGCCGAUGACGAGGUGCAGAAAUCCGACGUCUCCUCCAGCAGCCAGGGCGUCAUCGAGAAGGAGGCGCUGGGGCCGCUCCUGCUCGAGGCCCUGGAUGGAUUUUUCUUCGUGGUGAACCGCGAGGGCCGCAUCGUGUUCGUGUCGGAGAACGUGCGCGGGUACCUGGGCUUCGGGCAGGAGGAGCUGAUGAACUCCAGCGUCUACAGCGUGCUGCACGUGGGCGACCACGCCCAGUUCGUGCGCAGCCUCCUGCCGCGCGCGCUGGUGAACGGCGUGCCGUGGCCGCCGGAGCCGGCGCGGCGCGGCAGCCGCACCUUCCAGUGCCGGAUGCUGGUGCGGGCGGCGCCGGAGGCGGGCGCGGCGCCGGCGGAGGCGCGGCAGCGCUACGAGCCCAUGCAGUGCUUCGCCGUCAGCCAGCCCCGCGCCUUCCAGGAGGAGGGGGAGGAUUUCCAGUCCUGCCUGAUCUGCAUCGCCCGGAGGCUGCCGCGCCCGGCCCCGGCCCCGGCCGAGUCCUUCGUCACCAAGCAGGACACCACAGGAAAAAUCAUCUCCAUCGACACCAGCUCGCUGCGCGCCGCCGGCCGCACGGGCUGGGAGGAUUUGGUGCGGAAAUGCAUCUACGCCUUCUUCCAGCCCCAGGGCCGCGAGCCCUCCUACGCCAAGCAGCUCUUCCAGGAAGUGAUGACACGGGGCACGGCCUUCAGCCCCUCGUACCGCUUCACGCUGAGCGACGGCUCCGUGCUGAGCGCCCACACCAAGUGCAAGCUCUGCUACCCCUCCAGCCCGGAGCUGCAGCCCUUCAUCAUGGGCGUCCACGUCAUCGACAGGGAUCACGGAAUUCUGUCCCCGCCGGAUGCCGCUGCCGCGGGCGCGGCCGUUCCGAGGGCGGCGCACCCCACCGUUCCCGGCGGGAAUUUCGGGAACGCGCCGGGAUCCAACGUUGCCUUAAGCCAAAUCCCCGGCGGCUCCCGGCCCUCGCCGCCGGCGCCGCGGGGCCGCGCUCCGGCCGGGAAUUCCAUGGCUCCGGCGCCGGGCGGGAAUUGCCGAGCGUUCCCGGAGGCGGCGGCUGGGCGCCCGAGCAGGGGCGAGCCGCGCGAUCCCAAGGAGAGCGAGGCGCCGCGGGAAAAGGAGAAAACGCCGGAGCCGGGAAUUCCGGCGGGAGGAAUUCCGGCGGGAGGAUGCGACGGCGGCGGCGACGGCGGGAAGCGGCCGCGCGGCACCAGCCACCGGUUGGUGCAGCUGCUGGCCAGCACGGCCGAGGCGCAGCUGCGGCAGCGCGCCGACGGCGUCGCCGGCAACGGCGCCGCGCCGGCGCCGCACGGCUCGCUGACCGAGCGGCACAAAAUCCUGCACCGGCUGCUGCGCCAGGGCGGCCCCGCCGAGGCGGACGGGGAGAAGGCGGAAAACGCCGGGAACGGCGCCGGGAACGGCGCCGGGAACGGCGCCGGGAACGGCACCGGGAACGGCGGCGAGGCCGAGAGGAGGAAGGAAUCCAAGGAUCACCAACUGCUCCGCUACCUCCUGGAUAAGGACGAGAAGGAAACGGCGGCGGCGAAUCCGGCGCCGAAUCCAACGGCGAUUCCGACGGCGAUUCCGACGGCGAUUCCGACGGCGAAUCCGACGGCAAAUCCAACGGCAAAUCCAAUGGCACAUCCAACAGCAAAUCCAACGGCAAAUCCAACGGUGAUUCCGACAGCAAAUCCAACGGCAAAUCCAAUGGCACAUCCAACAGCAAAUCCAAUGGCAAAUCCAACAGCAAAUCCAAUGGCACAUCCAACAGCAAAUCCGACGGUGAUUCCAAUGGCAAACCCAACGGCGAUUCCGACGGUGAUUCCGACGGCGAUUCCGACGGACGACGUCAAGGUGAAGGCGGAGAAGGGCGAAGGGGCCGAGCCGGCUCCGGCCACGAUUCCCAAAAUUCCCGACGAGCUCAAGGCGGAGGCGGCGCAGUUCUCGGCCGAGCUGGAGCAGCUGGAGCAGCUCCUGCCCCCCCUGGAGAAAGCGGCGCCCGGGAGCGACGCCGGAAUUCCGGGAAUUCCGGGAAUUCCGGGAAUUCCGGGAAUGUCGGGAAUGUCGGCAGUGACCCCCCUGCAGCCCAGCAGAGCCCCCACAGGUACGGAAAUGCCAGGAAUUCGGGAACAUCCCGGAAAAUGGGAAAAAUCCCAACAUUUUAUGGAAAUUCGGAGCAAUUUAAUAAAAAAUAAUCCUAAAAAUUCUGGGAAAUUCACCGCGGAGCCGCCGCCCCUCGGGGCCGUUCCGGAGGCGUCGCCGCGCCCCAAGGCCGAGCCCUGUGAAUUCGGGGAAUUCCCAUUGUUUUUCUGGCUGGGAAUUCCGGAAUUCACGUUGAUUUUCCGGCUGGGAAUUCCCAUUUCCCAUGUGCCCAUUCGAAUUUUUCCGGGCGGCAGCCUGGAGCCGCUGCCGGAGCGAUUCCAGCCGCACCCGGCGCCGCCGCCGCUCCUGGAGCAAAAACCCGGAAUGUUCCCCCAGCCCUUCCCUCCUUCCUCAUCCUCCUCCUCCUCAUCCUCAUCCUCAUCCUCGGCCGCUCCCGGCCUGGCCGGGAAUUUCCCGGGAAUGCCGAGGCCGAAGGCGCCGUUCGGAGGCGUCCCGGGGGCCAUGGCUGCUCCUCCUCCUCCUCCUCCUCCUCCUCCUCCUGCUGCUCUUCAUCCUCUUCCUCCUCCUCCUCCUCCUCCUCCUCCUCGCGGCGCGUUCCCGGCGCAUCCCAACGCGGCGCCGCGGCCGCGGGCACCGAGCGCGCCCAACCCGCUGCGGCUGCAGCUGCAGCAGCGCCUGCAGGGCCAGCAGCAGUUGCUGCCCCAGGGCCGCCAGGGGGCGCUGCCGCCGCAGCUCCAGCAGGGGGCGCCACAGGCGCCGCUGAACGCGCAGAUGCUGGCGCAGCGGCAGCGGGAGCUCUACAGCCAGCAGCACCGGCAGCGGCAGCUGCUGCAGCAGCGCGCGCUGCUCCUGCGCCACCACCAGCACCAGCAGCAGCACCAAAAUUUCGGGAAUUCCGCCCAAAUCCCCGUGGCCGGCCCGGCCCGGCCGCCCCCGAGCCCGGCCCAGCCCUUCCCGUACGGAUUCGGCUUCGGCGAGGCGGCGGCGCCGGGCGGCCGCGGCGGCCGAGGGGUGCCCGGAGCCGCCUUCGGAGCCGGCGCCGCCGCGCAGCCGGGCCUCUUCCAGUACCCCGGGGCAGGCGCGGCGGAUCCGGUGGGAUUCGCGCCGGGCCCCGGCGGGCCCCUGGUGCCGCCACAGCUGCCGCCGGCGCCGCCGGCACCGCCCGCCUACCAAACGCCGGAGAUGAAGGCCUGGCCGGCCGCCGGAGUCGGGAAUAACGGCGUGUUCGGGCCGGCGGGCGCGGCGGCGCCGGGGAUGUACAACAACAUGAGCAUCACCGUGUCCAUGGCCGGGCCCGGCGGCUCCGGAGGCGGAUCCGGCGUUCCCGGCGUUCCCGGCGUUCCCGGCGGCGUUCCCAUCAAUCCCGUCAUGGCCGGCAUCGGAUCCGUCUGCUCCGAGCAGGUGCCGGACCCGGCUCUCGGCGCUCCGGGGCUCUUCUGUCCCCAGCUGGGCCCGGGGGAGCUGCUCAAGGCCGAGCCCGAGGGCGCCCAGGUGCAGCAGGUGCAGGUGUUUGCGGACGUGCAGUGCACCGUCAACGUCGUGGGCGACGCGUUCCUGCCGCCGGCGCCGCCCGCCGCCAAAAUCCCGAAUUCCCAAAUCCCGAACCCCGCGCCCGCCCGGAGCCUCCUGCAGCAGCUGCUCACCGAGUGA